CUUCCGGGCAGAAUUUACAGGGGCGCUCGCUAUAUGACCGAGAGAAUCACGCCUGUUUGGAGAAACCCUGAAGAUGUCAAAAGUCUGCCUGCAUUUAUCACGGUUUUCUUUGGGUCACGAUGGUUUUACAAGCAGAACACUUGCGAAUUUAAGACCAUGCGCCUCAAGGAUGCUGUCCUUCACAUCACAGCUUAAUGCAAAGUCCAGAAAACCUCCAGAUGAUAAUGAAGCAUCCAAACCCAUCCAGUUCUCCACCAGCAAAGCCAGCCACCGAUCCUGGAAAGUGGACCGUUCGAUGGGCAGCAGCUACCAGCGGCCCUGGUGGAAGGUUCUGCCCUUCAGCCUCGUUGGAGUGGGCUUCGUCGUCUGGUGCAUUUUCAGGAGAGAGACCGAGAUCGACCAGUCUCUGGAGAAAAACCUCCAUGAACAUUUACCAGGACUGCUGUCCGAUGAAGAACAGGAGGGAGUCGGCGUCAAAAACAAACCCUCAUAGUGGCUUAAAAGGGACAUUUUCAAUUUGGAAUGUUUAUUUAUUGUUAGAGGAAUUUUUUCUCCCAACUGAGAAUGAUCAAAUUGACUGUCCACAUUCUGUGCUCUUGAAAGUGGCUGUAUUAAACCGGAUCAUCUGUAGCGUGAUUAAUGUUGAAGAUUGUAAAGCCAGUAACAUUGUAAGCAAGCAUAAAGUAGAAACGUCUGAAUUGUAA